AUUGCGGUGACCAUUUAAUGGAAUAGUUAUGGUCAACUUCACAGAGUAGUUGUAUCUAUUCCCCCUCCCUUAUCUCUUCUUAAUUACUCAUCACUCCACCUCACACCCUUUUCAAGAUAUCCCUUCAUAAAAAGUCUUGGAAAAUACCCCAAAACAGUAUUAAAAGCCUCUCAUGUAAAGUCCAAGAACCAUAUGGCCAGCUUCUGCUACUACUGCUGCUGUUGCAUGCAUUGGUUGUAAAUAUACACAACCAGAAAGUCAAACCUUUCAUUGCUUCUCCAUCUAUAAUUUUCCUUUACCUUUUCAUGUUCUUUACUGUUAGCUAAAGAGAGAAAGAUCAUGAGGAUGGUUAAGGAAGUUUUCUUGGCUUUGUUUGUUGUAACACUACUUGUUGGACAUGUGUUUUGCAAGACUGAGACUGAGUUAUCAGUUCUUUUGGAUAUCAAGAAGUCAUUUGUUGAUGAUCCUGAUUAUGUUUUGAAAGAUUGGUCUAAUGAUAAUCCAAAUUUCUGCAAAUGGAGAGGUGUUUCAUGUAAAGAAAAUGAACUAAAAGUUGUACGUCUAAAUCUUUCUGAUUCUUCACUUGGUGGUUCAGUUUCACCUUCUAUUGGCUUUUUGCAUGACCUGCUCCAACUUGAUCUUUCUUCUAAUCUUCUAUCAGGUCCCAUUCCACCUACUCUUUCUAACCUUUCUGCUUUACAAUAUCUUUUGCUUUUUUCUAACCAACUCAUUGGCUCCAUUCCCGAUGAACUUGGCUUGCUGAAAAAUCUCCAAGUCCUUAGAAUUGGUGAUAAUGUUGGCCUAACAGGACCAAUUCCAAGCACUUUUGGUUAUCUUGAAAAUUUGGUUACUCUUGGUUUGGCUUCAUGUAGCUUGAGUGGUGUGAUUCCUCCUGAGUUAGGGAAACUCAGGCGGGUUGAGAAUUUGAAUCUUCAGGAGAAUCACCUGGAAGGUCCAAUUCCAGCUGAGAUUGGCAACUGUUCUAGUUUAGUUGCAUUCAGUGUUGCUGUCAAUAAUCUCAAUGGAUCAAUUGCGGAAGAAAUAGCUAAACUUAGUAACCUCCAGGUACUAAAUUUCGCGAAUAAUAGCCUUUCAGGACAGAUUCCUACUCAGUUUGGUGAAAUGAACCAGUUGCAGUAUCUGAAUUUGCUUGGUAAUCAGCUGGAAGGGCCGAUUCCAAAGUCGUUGGCGAAGCUGAACAACCUUGUGAAUUUAGACUUGUCUGGAAACAGGCUUAGUGGUGAAAUUCCUGGAGAACUUGGCAACAUGAGUCAGCUACAAUUCUUGGUACUGACAAGCAAUAAUCUUUCGGGUAGCAUACCGAAAACGUUAUGUAGUUCCAAUACGAGCAGUUUAGAACACAUGAUGCUUUCUGAAAACCAACUUUCUGGAGAAAUCCCUGUGGAAUUGAGAGAAUGUGUUUCACUGAAGCAGCUUGAUUUGUCUAACAACACGCUCAAUGGUUCGAUACCAGUAGAGCUGUAUGAGUUGGUUGAGUUGACUGAUCUCCUUCUUAACAACAACACAUUGGUUGGUUCUGUUUCUCCAUCGAUAGCAAACCUCACCAAUCUUCAAACAUUGUCAUUGUCUCACAAUAACUUACGUGGCAACAUACCGAAAGAGAUUGGGAUGCUCGGAAAUCUUGAGAUCCUCUUUUUAUAUGAGAAUCAGUUAUCUGGAGAGAUCCCAAUGGAGAUAGGUAAUUGCUCGAGCUUGCAGAUGAUCGAUUUUUUUGGAAACGCAUUCACAGGCCACAUUCCCAUUACAAUUGGCACGCUGAAGCAGUUGAAUUUUAUUGAUCUUAGACAGAAUGAUCUCUCUGGUGAGAUUCCUGCCAGCUUAGGGAACUGUCACCAGCUGAAGAUUCUUGAUUUAGCGGAUAAUCACCUAUCUGGUAGUGUUCCAGCCACGUUUGGUAAUCUUCGAGCACUGGAGCAGCUUAUGCUUUAUAACAACUCUUUAGAAGGUAAUCUUCCAGAUGAACUGAUCAAACUUUCAAACUUGACAAGAAUAAAUUUUUCUCAUAACAAACUGAAUGGUAGUAUAGCUUCCCUGUGUAGCUCGACGUCUUUUCUUUCGUUUGAUGUUACAAAUAAUGCAUUUGAUCAUGAGAUUCCGCCCCAUCUAGGAUAUUCACCAUUUCUUGAAAGGAUAAGACUCGGAAACAACCAUUUCACCGGAAAAAUCCCUUGGACAUUGGGAUUAAUCCAUGAACUAUCCCUGCUUGAUCUCUCAGGAAAUGAAUUGACCGGUCCAAUACCUCCAAAGCUUUCUCUGUGCAGAAAGCUCACACACCUGGAUCUCAAUAACAAUCUUCUUUAUGAUUCAGUUCCUUCUUGGCUUGGAAACUUGCCACUCUUAGGUGAGCUCAAACUGUCCUCAAAUAAGUUCUCGGGACCUCUUCCUCGAGAACUGUUUAACUGCUCAAAGCUUUUGGUGCUGUCUCUAGAAGACAAUUCACUGAAUGGAACUCUACCACUUGAAAUUGGUAAACUCGAGUCCCUAAAUGUCCUAAAUCUUGAUAGAAACCAACUCUCUGGUCCCAUUCCAUCUACCAUUGGAAACUUAAGCAAGCUCUACAUACUCAGGCUCUCGGGAAACACCUUCACCGGUGAAAUACCUAGUGAGCUUGGAAAACUCCAGAAUCUUCAAAUCAUACUUGAUUUAAGUUUCAACAACAUCACUGGUCAGAUUCCUCCUUCUGUUGGGACACUCACUAAGCUUGAAACACUUGAUCUAUCUCAUAACCAGCUCACCGGAGAAGUUCCUCCCCAAGUUGGUGAAAUGAGCAGCUUGGGAAAGCUUAACCUCUCCUACAACAACCUUCACGGAAAAUUGGACAAACAGUACACACAUUGGCCAGCUGAUGCAUUCACUGGGAAUCCACAUCUUUGUGGAAGUCCUCUGCAAAAUUGUGAAGUCUCUAGGUCCAACAAUCCUGAAAGUAACUCAACAGUGGUAAUCAUUUCAGUGGUAUCAACUACAGUGGCAAUCAUACUUAUGUUGCUUGGAGCUGCCCUCUUUUUCAAGCAAAAACGAGAAGCCUUCAGAAGAGUAAGUGAAAUAAAUAGUGCUUACUCUUCCAGCUCUUCACAGGGACAAAAAAGACCACUUUUUGCAAGUGUGGCUGCCAAGCGUGAUAUCAGGUGGGAUGACAUCAUGGAAGCAACAAAUAAUCUAAGCACUGACUUCAUAAUAGGAUCUGGUGGGUCUGGAACGGUGUAUAAAGCUGAGUUGUUUAAUGGAGAUAUAGUGGCAAUCAAGAGAAUACCAAGCAAGGAUGAUCUUAUGCUGGACAAAAGCUUUGCAAGAGAAAUCAAGACACUUUGGAGGAUACGGCACAGACACUUGGUGAGGCUAUUGGGAUACUGUAAUAACAGCGGAGAAGGUUCAAACGUAUUGAUUUAUGAGUACAUGGAGAAUGGAAGUGUGUGGGAUUGGCUUCACAAGCAACCAGCUAAUAAUAACAAGAGGAAGAGGUGCCUCGACUGGGAGACAAGGCUGAGGAUAGCAGUGGGAUUAGCACAAGGAGUUGAGUACCUUCACCAUGAUUGUGUGCCCAAGAUCAUUCAUAGAGACAUCAAAUCCAGCAAUAUUCUGCUAGACUCUAAUAUGGAGGCACAUUUGGGGGAUUUUGGGCUGGCCAAAGCCAUUCACGAUAAUUAUGAUUCCUACAACACUGAUUCAAAUUUGUGGUUUGCUGGUUCGUAUGGUUAUAUUGCUCCAGAGUAUGCUUAUUCUUCAAAGGCAACAGAGAAGAGUGAUGUUUAUAGCAUGGGGAUUGUACUCAUGGAGCUUGUGAGUGGAAGGAUGCCAACUGACGGAAGUUUUGGAGAAGACGUGGACAUGGUGAGGUGGGUUGAGUCCCAUAUUGAAAUGUCUGGAACUGCUAGGGAAGAGCUCAUUGAUCCUGCGUUGAAACCAUUGUUACCUAAUGAAGAAAGUACUGCACUUCAGAUGCUGGAAAUAGCACUGCAAUGCACCAAAACUGCACCUGCUGAAAGGCCAUCUUCCCGCAAAGUUUGUGAUCUAUUGCUACAUGCAUUUAACGACAAGGUAGUUCAUUCUGAUAAGAUGAGUCCAGACAAUUACGUUUAGACGUUUAGUCAAAGAAAUUUCCAAAGUUUUGGAAUAUCAGAGAAGAUCUAUCAUGUAAAAAAUUGAAAAUGUAAAAGCAUUGUUUGCUAGGAAAUAUAUCUAUUUUCCUUGAUGAA